AUGUUUUCCUCGCAUGUUUUGCAAGAUGUAGUAUACUUCAUUUUUGUUCAGUCACAUAUUCAUGCAACCUGGGUGCACAAAUGGGUGGCAUCAGAGCUUUUCUGUUCCUUCUUAGAGGCGCACUGUAUUUUAUAUUUCACAAAUGGUACUUGUUCUGUCACUGGAAAACAAGAAACACACAUAGGCAAUGCUGGAUCAUACGUGUGUCUUGAAGAAACUGGUAUACUGCAAGUCUGCAACCUUCAAGAUUUAGAACCUUGCAAGGUUAAACUUUAUACUGAAAUUGCAAGGUUCUGAAGCUUGAAAGGAUGAUUGGUUUCAAAUGUCUUCUUGUAUAAUGCUUUACCAAGAAACAGUCUCAUUCAAUCGACAUAGAACAAGUGAAUUAGUUACACUUCAACAGUUUUCUGGUUUAGACCUGUAUACCGCCAAUUUGCUUUCUCCACAAAGUCAGCAUCUAGGAACUGAGCUGUGAAAGCCCAAAGCCGGUAAGUGUCCUCAAAAUUUGACAAGAACCCAAGUGCAAUUGUGACAACCAUGAUUCCCAAGUCCCGUUUAUCUUUUUUCCUUUUUGUUGCCAUUCCCUUCCCUGGACUUCCUUUGGUUUCCAGAACUGCUGCCUUCUCUGCUUCAUACUUGUCUGGGAAUGAGAUGUGGUGUAAGAAUCCGUAGCCAAGAGAAAUGUUGCUCCUAUCAGCUAAUUUCUGCACCAGGGUAGCUUCAAUCUUUUCUCCUUUCCAAUCAAAUACAUUGAAAGCCAAAGCAGGCCCCCUGUCGAAUUUCACUUUUGGUCCAUAUAUUCUUACAAGGGGAGUUUCCUGUGUGUUUGGAUGCUUAAGCUUCAUCAAAGCGUUCACCAGCCAAUUGAUCAAGCACCUUCCUCUGCUACUGAUCUCAGUCAGCCCUAAUGAAUCCACCUGAUCCAAACCCCUGCAUUCAAUCUUUGAUAUUUGCUUAUUUCUGUAUCCAGACUUCUCUGCAUGAACAAUGCUAGCUUGUGUCCAUGUUCCAGUAGUUUCCGACUCUUCGUUCUUGACAGAUAUAUCUGCAGUUUGCCUCUCUGGAGCUUCUCCUUUUUCUAGUAUGGGACCUGAGAAAGAAUUUGAUGUAUCCAACUCAGCUUCUUCUUCCAACCCGAGCUUCGGCAUGUAUUCAACUUCAACAUCUCCACCAGAAGGUUCAUCCUGCAAAUGGAUCUUCUUUCCUGGAAGGAGGCUCACCAUUCCAGCACCUGUAUAAUCUUCCAGAAAAGGAAUGGUGGAUUUCUUGACAAAGAGACAUCCGAACCCUGAUGGGUUCUCCCCAAAGACCUUGUAGAAGGAAGAGACGACGAAAUCUGGGCGAAUGAGGAGAUUUUAGUCAUGGCUUCCGCCGCCUCGCUUUCAUAGUCAUAGACACUGAGGAGCUUGCUAGAGGACUUGAAAGGGUAAGACUCCGCAAGAAGUUUGAAAGCAGAAGUCCUAUUCGCAGUGAAAACCAUACUGUAAUCUUUUGCUGAUAUAUUGAGGAAACUCAUGACCCUUUUCUUCAUGGCGGAUUCAAGUUCCGAUUCCUGACCACCAUGGAGGAGUUGUGUCUUCAGACUCCCUGUCUUGUAACACACGGUAAAGAAGGGAAGAUUCGAACUUUGAAGUUGUGGUGAAGGAGAAGCAUAAGAUGAAGAAGUACCGAUGUCUUGUUCUAUCUGAUCACCUGAUUGCACUUGGGAAUAGGAGAAGAGGCCAAUGCCGAUGUAGUCAAGGCAAGUGUGGUUGGAUUUCGAGAGGUGCUGGUAAUCUUUGCUUCGAAUCUUAUCCACUUCGUGCGUUGCGGAGUAGUGCGGGUAAGCUCUGGCGAACUCUGUGAAUGCAUCGAGCAGAGAGGGUAGAGAGUCGGGAUUUGUGAACUGGGUUGUGGGGGAAAUGGAUGAAUUAGUUGCAGUGGUGAAGUUCCGACGACUGGUGGCCAAGGUGGUAGCGGCAGCGGAGAGGGUUGACGAUUUCUUGCUGUCAGGAGGUUUGUUGAGGGGCUCAGGAUAGCCCAGGAGAGGGCCUGGACAGCAGCCUUGAAGAAGGAAUGCUUCAGGGAAGUCGUUUAAACAAGGUGACUGCAUCUCUCUCUCUCUCC